UGAAACGACACACACUAUCGAAACCCUACUCCGGUACAUCGGAAAAGAAGAAAGCCGAGAAGAAGUGGCAGAGCUCGAGGAUCAGAUCUCUAACCUGCCACGGAGAAGUCGAUGGCGUCGAGCAACCGCCACGGGAAGAAGGGUUCGGCUGUGAAGAUGACUAGGAUGUUUUCAUCUCUACCGCCUCCUCCGCCUAUUGAUUUAAGCGAAGGAGGGGCGGGGAAGUCGAAGAAGAAAAGGAGGGGAGUUUCACUGUUGAUGAGGUUUGAUCGGACUGGAGCCACGGAAGUGGUGGGAUGUGACAAGAGCACCAUCAUCAAACGUGCUUCCGUAUCGGCCAAGGAUCUGAGAACUGCUUUCUCUCACUCUUCUAAAAUUAUCGCGAGAGAGAAAGCUAUUGUCCUCAAUCUAGAGGUCAUAAAGGCAAUAGUUACCGCAGAAGAAGUUCUGUUACUGGAACCUCUCCGUCCUGAAGUUCUUACACUAAGUGAACGACUCAAGCAACACUUUCCUCAGAGGAAAUGUCUAGCGCAAGCUUCUGCUAAUGUGCAAUCUUCUCUUGAUGAUCCAGAAGAUGAAGAGGAUUCGGAGAGUGAGCUUCCUUUUGAAAUUCAGGUCUUAGAGAUUGCACUCGAGGUCGUCUGCUCAUUUGUUGACAGCAAUGUGACCGCCCUUGAGACGCAAGCCGGAUCUCUUCUUGAGGAACUAACCAAGAAGGUCAGCAACGAGAAUCUUAAACAGCUACGAAGUUUAAAAACUAAUCUCACAUACUUGCUAGCCCGUGUACAAAAGGUGAGAGAUGAAAUCGAACAUUUCUUAGACGACAAGGAAGACAUGGCAGACUUGUGCUUAACAAGGAAGUGGAUCCAAAACCAGCACGCAGAGGCAGCAUCAAAUAGUGUUGUGGCCCCAUCAAAUCUUCAACGCCUCACAUCAAACAAAAGCUCUGGCAUGUUAACGGACGAAGAUGACGACGGUGAGGAUGUGGAGAUGUUGCUGGAGGCAUACUUAAUACAACUGGCGGGAAUGCGGAACAAACUUCUUAUGAUGAAGGAGCACAUUGACGACACGGAAGACUACGUCAAGAUACUACAGAAUAGUAGACGUAACGGACUGAUCAUCCUACUGCUGAUGGUGAAUAUAGCCAAUUUUGCAAUAACUGCAGGGACAUUGGUGGUCAACUUGUUCGGUAUGAACAUACAUAUUCCAUUGUAUAGCACACCUGACGUCUUUGGUUACUUUGUGUGGGGUGUUGCUGCUCUUUGCAUUGUGCUUUUCAUGGUCACCCUUGGUUACACCAAGCGGAAGAAGCUGCUUGACUUCUAGACUCCAAACUCACCAUGAUGAUUAGAUGACACAUUUUCUACCAAAUUUAAGAGUUGUUUUAGUCAUUAUAAGUUUGCUGUUUUUUGUUUUGUUCUUUUGGUUUUAGUGGUUCUUUAUGAGUCAGAUCUUUAAGAACAAUUUUGCUAUACUGAUUUUCAAUAAAAGAGGGUUGGCUUUUAA